GGUCGGGAAAGACUUUUCUGGACAGAAGCUUGUUCUGAGGUCUGAUGCCUUUGUGCAAAGAAGGGAGUGGACGCCGCAAAGCAAAGGGAAGAUGGCAUGGGUUGGAAUCGGAGCCUGAACUCCCGCCUGACUACAACCAGCAUCAUGCGGUUACUAACUGCUCUUCAUUCACCUAUUGAUGCCUCCCAGAAAAAAACGCCGCCAGCGUUCCCAGAAAGGCCAGCUGCUAUUCCAAGAACCACCACUGGAGGGCCCCAAACACCACUAUGGCUCUCCCCAGCUUACCAUCACCCACACUAGACAGGUGCCCAGCAAGCCCAUUGACCAUAACACCGUCACUUCCUGGGUAUCACCUCAGUUUGAUAUGACAGCAGAAGGCUGGUUCCCAGUGAACCAGAAGCAUCAUCGUCGAAACCAGGCAAGACAUUCAAGUCGAAAAUCCACCACCUCCAAGUUCCCACAUCUAACAUUUGAGAGUCCGCUGUCUUCCUCCAGUUCAGCUGCACUUGGGGCGCCCUUGACCAGGGAAUGUCCUGGUCAGUCAGAAAAGCGCAUUUCUGGAAGGUCCUUAGUUCCAAUGCUCAGUCCUCAAAGCUGUGGGGAAGUGUCAGCACACGUGCUUCAAAACUUACCUUAUGUAUUCAUUCCACCUGAUAUCCAGACCCCAGAGUCAUCAUUUGUGAAGGAGGGGCCUGUUUCCCCCGAUCAGAGGGAACGUAGCCUUCUGAGCGGCUCCUUCCACACUAGUACUCCCAAGAGCCCAGAGGCUGGGCCUGUUCUAGUUAAAGACACCCCUGAAGAGAAGUAUGGGAUUAAGGUCACAUGGAGGAGACGAUGCCACUUGUUUACUUACCUCAGGGAGAGAGGGAAGCUGAACAAAAACCAGUUCCUUGUGAAGAACUCACUGGAUUCCUCAGACUCCAACAGUCUUGAGAAAUUUUCAUGAAGUUGCUAAAGUACUUUUCUGGCUUGCAGGAGAGUACAUUAGGAGAAUAAAACAGAAAUAAAAUCAAUAACCUCAAUAGAAAAAAGAUGUCUUAAUCAGAAUUUUGGAGUCAUAAGGGAAUUCAAUUCCCAGAUUUGCUCUUUAAAAUAUCUUUUCCUAGAAAGUUUUUAGUGUCAGAAACAGUUCAUAUUUUUCUUACAUUAACUGUUUAAAAUUUUAAAGUAUCUUGUAGUAACUAUUUAAAAUGUAUGUAAAUAAAUGGUUGCAGAAAGGUUUUAGAGACCCCUGCUUCUGAUUACCAAUCACUCAGCAAUACUGCCUUCUCCACAAAAGGUCUGUCUUCAUUGUUUUUUAAAAACCACUAAUUAAUCCUCUAAUCACCUCAUUCAAACUAAUUCAUUCCACAUUUUUGAGUACAAACUCUGUGUCAGGCUCAGCAGCAGCUUCCUUUAUGAUAUGAUGGGCAGGGAAAAAUUAAAGCAAACUUAAAGCGACUUUGUAGCUGAGCUGUCCCCUCUGCAACCUUGCUCCUCUGCUCAAAGGCCAAGGUGAGGAAAGGCAGCAAGCCCUAACUGAAUACAAUGGGGU